AUGCCGGAGAAGGAGGGGUUCAGUAACGAACAAGUGCAGGUUCAAUUGCACGCAUUUCAUCAUCACCACAACCCGCACCAACAGCAGAGAGGCGGUCAAUUGCCACUGCAGUUCCCGUCAGCGUUCGCGGCGUUUCACGCGGCACCGCUGUCGGCGGAACACCAUUCUUCGCCAGGAUCUGUGGCCGCCGCGGCCGCCGCGCAAGGCGAUCGCUCUGGCCUGGUGAGGCACGCACCUGCAGGCCCGCCGCCACCAGCCUUCCAUCACCCUGCUCAUGGAUUAUCGAACAGUGCGGCCAGUUUGGCCGAGCUUCAGCUGCUGAGCGCCGCGUCGCGGAGAGUAGCGGCUGGCGUUAGUGUAGGAAUGGCAGCCCCACCGCCGCCAUCGCAUCACCACCAUCAUGGCGGUCACCAUGGACACCAUGCAGACCCGCACUUUCAUCCUGCAUAUAGGAUUCCGCCAGGAUACAUGGAUCAUCUCUACUCGCCUGCCGCUUCUAUUCAUGGUCUAGGAAUCGCACCAGAUUUUCUGAGUUCCAGGGGGCUGAGCGAACUCCAUGCUCCAAGUACAUUGGCCUCAACAGAUUUUCCUUUUAGUCUUGAUGGAUCUCGUCUGAACAGUCCGCGUCCAGGUAGCCUGAGGGCUAGUGUAAGCCGGAAGCGUGCUCUAUCAUCUUCUCCGUACUCCGAUUCUUUCGAUAUUAAUUCGAUGAUAAGAUUUUCACCAAACUCUCUCGCCUCCAUUGUAAAUGGGAGCCGGAGCAGUAGUGCCAGCGGUUCUUACGGCCAUUUAUCCGCAGGUGCUAUCAGUCCGGCUUUGAGCAUGCACCCAGGAAUGGCACCUCACAUUCAACAUAUUCAAGCACAUAUUUUACGAUCUGGUGGAUUAUUGCCUCCAUUACACCCGCACUCUGCACAUGGCACUCUGUUUUCUAUGUCGCACCAUCCUGUGCACCACGACUACUCGUUGGUCAAAUCUGAGAUAAUGCCCGAUGUUUACAAGAAAGGAAGUCAAGGUGCGCCUAUGGUCACCAACGAAGAACCAGACAGUGCUACAGCCUUAUCCGGUACAAAUGGUACUAUACCUCCAUCCGGUAAACUUUUGCGCGUUAAAAAAGAGCGACCUGCACCAGUGGCAAUGUUAGAUAAUCAGACUAAUGACACUGAUUUGAAAGACGAACCUGGUGAUUUCAUAGAAACUAAUUGCCAUUGGCGUGAAUGCGGACUUGAAUUUUCAACUCAAGAUGAAUUAGUAAAACAUAUAAAUAAUGAUCACAUACAUGCCAACAAAAAAUCUUUUGUGUGUCGAUGGGAAGAUUGUUCGCGGGAAGAGAAACCGUUCAAGGCCCAGUACAUGCUUGUGGUACACAUGAGACGACAUACGGGAGAAAAACCACACAAAUGCACGUUUGAAGGAUGCUGCAAAGCAUAUUCUCGUUUGGAAAACUUGAAAACUCAUCUUAGAUCGCAUACAGGAGAGAAACCAUAUAUGUGUGAAUAUCCAGGAUGUAGUAAAGCCUUCAGUAAUGCAUCUGAUAGAGCAAAACACCAAAACCGCACACAUAGUAAUGAAAAACCUUAUGUCUGCAAAGCUCCGGGAUGUACAAAACGUUAUACUGACCCAAGUUCCUUACGAAAACAUGUCAAAACUGUGCAUGGUGCCGAAUUUUAUGCCAACAAAAAGCAUAAAGGUGGAAGUAACAUGGACAAUAAUUCUGAAGAUGGUGGCAAUGGAAACCCAAUAGAUUCCAGUCCAAGAAGUGAAGAUAUGAGUGGAAAAACAGCCAGUCUUUCGAGUCCUAGCAUCAAAUCUGAAUCUGAUGCGAAUUCGCCUGGAGUUCAAAACCAUGGUAGUCCUAUGGGUUUGACUCAUCUCACAGGUGCCGAAGAUUACGAUGCUAAUGGCGCUUUACCGUCUAUGGGAUCUGUUUCUGCAAUGGAUGAUCCUAAUUGGCCUUACGAAGAUGAGGAUUUAGAGAUUGGUGUAUUACCAGUUGUUUUACAUGCAAUGGUUGGGCUUGGUGGAGAUAGGUCUAGUGGUAUUGUAGAUGGUCAUAAUUCAAGAAAUAGAUUAAAAUCACGGUUGCAGUCUAAAAUGGGACUAAGUCUGAGUUCAAUAACAUCAGGAGUUCCUGGACCUCGGCGUAACAUUGGUAUAACUGAUCUAAAUAGAAGAAUCAAUGACUUGAAAAUGGAAUCUGGCACACCUACUCCCAAACCUACUUCAUAUAUGGCUGCAGAUGUACAAACAAGACUCCUACCACAAACUCAAAUCAAUAGAAGAGACAGUAAUAAUUCAACUGUUAGCAGUUACUAUGGAACAAUGAGCAGAAAAUCAAGUCAGACAUCUCAAAUUUCUGCUAUUUCUACAAUGAGACAAGGUGGAGCAGUCUCGUCAUUUUAUGAUCCUAUAUCACCAGGUAGUUCUCGCAGAUCAAGUCAGUUAUCUACAGCCACCAAUGGUGGUGCCAGUCUUCCACCGCCUCCUUCUUCUCAUUUAAUUGCAUCUCAUUUGCAACGCCUUCACAAUACUGGACCUUAUUCUACUUCCAAUUUAGUUCUCCAGACACAAAAUAUGUCUCUCCAACAAAAUUGGAAGAUUGGUUUUAAUGAGGAUCAAGUUCAACCUUCAGCAUCUGAAAGAAAAUCACCCUUGAACAAAAAUCAACAGCAAAAACCAAUUACACCAAAGCUAGACUUAGAACAUCCUAAUCAAGAAGUAGUUCUUGAUGAAGUAGGAGAGGGAGAAAUGGUUGAAAAUAAAUUAGUAAUUCCUGAUGAAAUGGUACACUAUUUGAAUCAAGUGGCUGAGACUUCUGAACAACCAUUCUCAGGCUCUGAGCAAACAGCACAACAGCAAUAUAAUUCAUCAGCUGCUAUUGAUCAAAAUAGUACUAUUCAACAAACUAAAAGGGUGGAACAAACUAAUUCUACAAAUACAUUCAAUACGGAAUAUAUAAAUCCAAAUUGUACGAAUAAUAUGAAUGUUAAUACAAACAUGAGCCCCAAUCCAAGGCUAAUGAGCCCUAAUUCUAACAUUCUAAGUCCAAAUGCUAACAUUAUAAAUUUAAAUUCAAACAUAAUGAGCCCUAAUUCAAACCUGCUUAGUCCAGGUUCUAAUAUAAUGAACCCAACGUUAAAUAUGAUGAGUCCUAAUUCUAAUAUAUUGAGUCCUAAUACGAAUGUGAUGAGUCCUUCAUCAAAUAUGAGCCCUAAUGCAAAUAUGAGUGUUAUGAGCCCAAAUACAAAUGUUUUAAGUCCAAACUCUAAUAUCAUGAGUCCAAAUACAAAUAUAAUAAAUGCAAAUAACAUUGCAAGCCCGAGUUGUAAUAUUAACCAAAAUACAAAUACAAUAAAUACUAAUAGUAUUUUAAACACAAACACAAACGUAAUGAGCCCUAAUUCACAAAUGAUUAAUUCAAAUACCAAUACCAUAGUAAUGAGUCCUAAUUCGCAAAUGAUAGGAUCAAAUACUGUUCCAAAUGUUGUAAAUGCUCAAACAUCAACUAUUGACCCCCAAAACUAUAAUGGUGCCAGCAACCAAAAUAGUACAUUAGAUCCCGCAAAGGUGCAUAUUCGCAAUCGAUUAGGAUAUAAUUCAAAUAAUUGCCCUAUGGCGAAUAACAGUUUUCCAAUGAAUCAUUACUCUCAAAUACAGCAAUCUUUAUGUGCAAACACAGGCAAUAAUUGUACAAAUGAUAUGCCUGCCUCAGGAAAUUUGUGUUCAAAUAAUACAAAUCGCAAUCCUAAUGUAGCAUUGAAUAAUUGUCAUGACAAACAUCAAGAAAACAGUUUUGGUUACUGCAACGAUAUACAAAAAUCAUCAACACAUCAAAUGAAUCCCAAUUUGAAUGUUAGACCAUGUCAGCACAUACAUGGAUAUUAUCAUAGGACGGAUUACAGUGCAAGCAACUGUUGUGUUAUGAACCAUAAUUGUAUCGAGCAGCAAAUGCCAUUUAAAAAUAUGGCUCAGAAACAAAAUUUCAGCAAUUGCUAUAGCAAUAACGAAAUACAGUGCAAUGAUAUAAGUCAAUCACAAAUGUCUCCAAAUAUGCCAAAUGUAAACAACUUUGGCACAAAUAAUGUUACAAAUAAUCCUGAACAAAAUCCAACCCCAGUCCAGCAAGGCCAUCCGGAAUCUCAGGUGGGAAUGGCAGCAAAUAAUGGACAAAAUACACACAAUAUGCGACCUGAUACUUACUUAAGAACUUUAGAAUAUGUACAAAGUUGUCAGAGCUGGAAUUACAGUGAUAAUGAAUUAGUUUCAUCUACAACAAAUCCUUUAACAACAUCAAAUAUGGUCAUUAAUGAUCUAACUACAUCCUUGAAUUCAUUGCUCGAAGAAAAUAGAUUCUUGCAAAUGAUCCAAUAA